CGAAAGAUCUUGGAUGCCAUGACAUUGUUGCUUUCUCGUUUCAUUUCUUUCUCAUUAUUUUUUUCUUUGGGAUCUACAGCAACAACAUCUACCGAACCGUUCUGGAGCUCUCAUCUGAUCUGAUCCCAUCCUUUCUCUUCCCAACUAAGUGAUACUAUUAUAGUGAUAGCAAGAUGACGACACCCGCUCCCAGCGUAAGUCCUAGUGUAACUCCUAGUGUAAGUCCCACUUUUGCGGGAUCUUGCAGCUUUAGUGUGAAUUUUGGUUCCGGCGCCGUACUAAGUACCCACGGCAUGUACCAAUUCAACCAAGCCGCUGGUACAUCGGCUACGUGUACAUUGACGUGCGAUUCGGGCGCCACGACGAAUCUGUGGUUGGCGUACGACGAAACGCCUUCGAUUUUUAACCACGAUGCGGCCGCCGUGGAUAUUACGGGCUGUUCUUCCACGGUCAGCAUUGCUGCCAGCGUGGAUGAAUGCUUCUUGGGGUACCGCGUGGAAAGUGCCUAUUACAACAACAUGGUAUUGACGUGUACAUGCAACUCGUUGGGACCUUCCAGUUGCCCCACUCCCGCGCCUCAGGUCGCUCCCGACUGUAGCCAAGGAUCCAAGUCCAAGGAGAAGUGCAGCGGAGAUGGCGGCGAUGUCUGCUUCUCCAAGGAUACAACGGUCAAAACGCAGUCGAGAGGAACGGUCCAGAUGAAGGAUCUUCAAGAAGGAGAACUCAUCCUUACAGGAACCACCCCUAGUCACCAAGAUAUCUACGAACCCGUCUUUCGAUUUGGACACAAGAAUCAGGACAAGUCUGCUACCUUUCUCAAGUUCUACACCAACAUGCUCGUACACCAAGAACAACAAGAAGAAGAAACCGAAACUGAAGCGGCUCCACUGGAAAUCUCACCCAGUCACUUGAUCUUCAAGCUACUGGCCAAUGGACAGCAACUUGCGGUCCGAGCCGAUUCGCUUCAAGUGGGAGACACAUUGGUUCAGGGUGUUGGAGGACAGCACGCCACCAUUUUGCAAAUCAAGGAGGUCACCAAACGAGGACUCUACAUGCCACUCACGCCCACGGGAAACAUUGUCGUCAAUGGAGGAUACAAGGCGUCCACGUACGUUUCCAAUACCGAUUGGGCUCCCACCUUUGUCCGCACGCUACACGAAACGUUUGGAAUUCCCGAACAAACACUCUUUCAUUGGUUCUUGGCGCCAUUUCGAUCCGUCUGUUUGGGAUUGAGCUUGUAUUGUGGAGACGUCAAUGAACAAGGAAUCUUGAAUUAUCUGCUUUGGGGACAACAGUUGGCCAUGUGGGUCGAAGCCACCGGAGUCUUUUGCCAAACGUGGAUUGUCGCGCCCUUGUUUAUUGUCUUCUUUGGCAUGUGGAACGUUUUCGAUCGGGUCUUUGGUGUCACCCUCUUGGCGGUCCCCUUGCUUGUCCUGCUUCGACGUUGGAAACAACAACACGUCAAACAGGACUGAUUAUUAUAGUGUCACGUGCGAAAAGUAUGGUACUCGCAACAAGCAACAACAUGAUGGAUGGAUCGAUCGAUCGAUGGUGGAGAUCUGACGUUCGACGUGGCGCUUCCGUACAUAUUCGACAACCUUUCUUGUAUUUAUUCUACACAAAUUCAGAUUUCAUUUCUAUGUUCAUGCUGCCUUCUCGAUGAUGGGGAUCAGCGAGUGCCGCUUGGUGCAAGACGAGGCUACUGCAUCGUAUCAAAGCUCGCAAUUGAAAAUGACAAAGUCUAUCUUUUGCACCAGCUCUCGAUUCCAUUCAGAAGAAAUUGUACUCGCAGGACGGCGGUGAGCUAAACACUACAUAGGUAAUACAUGUACUAGUACAAUACACACAUUCGUCGU